GACAGUUGACAGCGAUAAAAGCGGAUAAAAGGACGGAUCAAGUUUCGAUCUCAUCACUUCCCAGACAGACUCUGCGGUGCAAGCAAAGGAAAAGCUGGAAAUUUGGAAAAAUCACACGUACCAGCGCAGGCAGGAAAAGAAGUUGAUCCUCUCCGAUUUGUUUUGUUUACAUUGGUCAUAUGACAGCGCCAAGGGGGCUGGUCCAAAGAGCUUCUUCAAACUUGCUUGAGCAACCACGCCGCGCACCUCCCUUCACGAUCGGAGCACGUCGAGCAGCUGAGGGUUCAAUAAUCAUGUUGAAUGGCGUCGCAGCUGCCGAAAACGAGAACUCCGUGCCGCGGCUCAAUCUCUCCAACGUGAAAUGGAAAUACCGAGGCGAAGGCAACGCCAACCUGGUCAUCGCCCUUCCAAAUGAGAGAUGCAUAGUUCGAUUGCGAAAGGUCGACAAGUGCAAACUGGUGCGGCACUCGGAGGCCGACAGAUACUCGGAGGCGCAGCGCCUGAGACAAGAGGUGGCGUUUUACCACAAAGUAAUGAUUCCCCUGCUCGGUUCCUGUUUCCUAAAGCAGUCGGUCGUCUACAGACUGGACAAAGAACAAGUGCAGAAAAUCAGCCAAAUCCUUCAGAACCAAAGACCUGCUCACAGAAAUCACAAGGAUGUUUUCUGCGCUGCCGACCUGGUGGCCGUUUACCCUGACUACACCCUUCUUCCCGAGAGUCUGACGGAUCAAGUAGGGGGGACGUCCACGUUCUGCGUCGAGAUAAAGCCGAAGCAGGGCUGGAUCCAUCCCGAGGACCGGAUAAUGCCAAAGUGCACCUACUGCAUGAAACAGUACUUGAAGCUGAAAAACAAAAGCAUAUCUCGCCUCUCUGACUACUGCCCCUUGGACUUGUACUCGGGCAAUAAACAACGAAUGAAAGAUGCCAUACAAGCUCUCUUGGUUUCCCCUCAAAACAAUUUAAAAAUAUUCAAGGAUGGAUAUUUAAUAUAUGGAGAAGGAGAAAAGACUAAUUUGCUAGACGUUUUACGCUGCUGGUUCGGCCCUAAGAAUAAAUUAGCAGAACAUCAAGUAUUACUGGAGACUUUCUGCAACCUCGUGAUAGAGAGCCUAUGUCGAGAGAUACCGGACAGCAGCACCCUGGAGCGGCUGCGAAGUGCGCUUCUGUCUGAAGAAAAGAGGGAAGCGAACGGCUCGCCAAGGGACAGCUUGUGCCGGCAAGUCAACUCGCUGUGGCAGCCGGUCUGUGACUGGAAUCGCCAGCCGCUUCCGCCAAACUGCAUCCUCGGCCGCAUCCUUGCGGUGCAGAUGCUCGAAGUUCCUCGGAGUCAGGUUGACCUCAAAGUCCAUGACGCUUUCCCCUUCCUAGACGGCGACGAAUACCUGACCCCUGUGCAGCGCUACCUCCUGGCCGCCACUGCCAAAGACUGCUCCGUACUUCUAUCCUUCCAGCAAACUUCUCAAGAGAGGGUUGAUAUUCUUCCUCCUCGCCAUGUCAUUCACGAAACAAUUAGUCAGCAAAGCUUCGUAUUUAAUAUUGGUGUAUCGGACCUGGACCCCAAGCCAUUGUCUUGCAUUGAGAAGCACCGGAAGAGAGAUCUGGAAAUGCUAAUGGCCAUGCUAGAACUGACCUCGUGCAACAAGCAGCCGGCCAAAAGGGAUAUUGACUAGCUUAAUUGUUAACUAUUGAAAUGUCCUAUGUAAUUUUAUCAGAAUUUACAUAUAUAUUUAUAUGCUCUUCAAAACAGCUGGAACUCCGCAUUUUGAAAAUUAAUUGUUAAAUCUGAAUUUUUAGUGAUUAUGCUGCAUUGUUUUUUUUUUUAUAUAUAAAUUAACUUAUCUAUUUUAACAAUCUACUACUAUUUUAGUACAUUUUUAUUUUAGAAUCUGAACUUUUUUAGAAAAAGAAAGAAUAUUGGAAAGCUGUUGUGCUUAUAUUAGGCUCCAUGAAAAAAUUCCUGAAAAUAAAACUCUAGUAGUCGAAUCAGCGCUU